CACUGUGCCUGCUGUGCUAGGCUAGCCCAUUCACUGCGCGCGGCCGACCUCGCCUCGCCUCGGUAUCUCCAUCCCAUCCUCCUCCACACGCCACACCUUCGACCGAGCCGCGUGAGGGGAGCGGAAGAGGAGGCGAUGAAGAAGGGGGGGCUGCUGCGGUGCGUGUCGACGGGGGCGUGCAGGGUGGCGCCGGGGGCCGUGGCGGAGAUGGCGAUCUCGCCGUCGGCGGCGUCGGGGAAGGUGCCGGCGGGGCACGUGCCGGUGGAGGUGGGCGCGGAGGGGGAGGAGACGGAGCGCUUCCUCGUGCCGGCCGAGCUGCUGGGCCGCCCGCCCAUCGCCGAGCUGCUCCGCCGGGCCGCGCAGGAGUACGGCUACGCGCGCCGUGGCCCGCUCCGCAUCCCCUGCCCCGUCGCCGCCUUCCGCCGCCUCCUCGGCGCGCUCGCCGGCGGGGACAGGGGCCACACGCCCGUCUACUACGCCGUAGUCGUCUGAAUCUCAUCGACGAGGGAGCGAGCGAGCGAGCGGCCUCGUGGCCGCUAUAGCUUAAUUUUAGCGUGAUCUUGUUCCGUUUCUUGAGGGGUGGUGGCCGGUGCAGGGUUGUGUGCAUGUGUUUGUGCUGUUCGAUCGGUGGUUGUGCUUGCCCUCUCGAUCGAGGGCUGAGGCUUCUAGCUAGACUCCAUUUGGGACUCGUUCUUCUUCAGCUCUUGCUACUUUUCCUCUCUCUUUUUCUGGGAAAUAAUAUGUGUGUAAAUUUGUACAUCCAGAUCUAUGAUGAGAUGCUACUGAAUUCUAUGAACUAGUACGUGCAAAUCUUUGCCUCCC